UGAGCCCUGCCUAUGAAACUUUUGAUAUUUUUUCCUUCCACCAACUUCAGUUGUUCCCACAAACCCGGUGACAGGGACCGCCUUUUACUUUCCCAGAGCAUAUCAUCAUAUAAAUCAAUAAUCACUGGCUGGUGAGCCUUUAGAGGAAACAAUUUUCUGGCAUUAGAAAGUGAAAUUUUCAUGUGAUUGAAAUCAAGAGUAAAAGAAAUUCUCAUCUUUUUGUUGGCUCCACAAAGAUUCUUAAAACCAAAGGGAGAAGACACUAAGCACUUUGUACUGCCCCUGAAAACCUCUGCUUCUUACAAAUCUGCACUGCUUUCUUAAAUUUCUACAUUCCUGUUGCCAUGGAGAAGGUCCAGUAUAUAACCCGCUCUGCUAUGAGGAGAGCCUCAACUAUUGAGGUGAACCCACAAACUCGCCAAAGGCUUCAAGAGCUCUUUAUAAAUUUCUGUCUUAUCUUAAUAUGCCUCUUGCUUAUCUGCAUCAUUGUGAUGCUUCUCUGAAGUUCGGCUUCUUUGAUUGAUCUUCACUGCACUAUGCAAUGGGAGAAGCACGACAGAGGGGGGAAAGCACCGAACAAGACACUUCCAGGCCAAGGAAAUCCUUGCAAGACGGUCCAGCAUUUGGACUAAGCAACUUCUCAUCAGCUGCACUAUUCAUUUAUUAUCUACUUUAACAACGUUAAAAGUGUCUGCAUUGAACAGUGAUUUGAAAACUACUGUCACAGGAUAUGCAUGAGCUAAAUUUUUCGCCCUGCUUAAAAAAGAGAAAGGAGGGAGGGAGAGACUUCUGGAAUGUUGCAGAGUAGUGUCUUCGGUUAAUUGUUUUACUGAAUUGCCGUGUUAGCAAAAACAGCUAUAAAAUGUCCAAUAGCAACAACAGAGUUUGGUCUUAGAUUAUUUAUAUAUCACUGUCAAUCUGUUUAACUGUGGCGUUCUGUAUUUGAAUAAUUAAUAGGCUGAGUUCAGGACUGAAUGAACUUUUAACAGAUAUACUUAAAUAAAUAUAUACUAUAGAAACAACCCUUCACAGCCUUCUUUAAGAUCCUAGUUGUUUUAGAAUGUUAAACAUCAGACUUGGGAAAAUUUCGCUAUCGGGUUUUUGCAGUAUUAAAUACUAGUUGACAAGAAGAAAUUCUUGUUAAAGAGUCUAGAAAUUCCUGAGAUAAGUACCUCUGUCUUUUGUAGUGUCUCCAGAAUUGAAAACUGAAUUUAUUUUUUGGCUUCAAUGCAAAGAAGAGCCAUAGUGGAUAGUCAAUAAAUUUCGGGGGAGAAAGGGUAUACUGUAACAGGCAAGUUCACAUGUGGCUAAUGCAUAUGCAAUAUCUCAUUCAUAUAGUUCCUAUGAAUUUUUCCUUUAAGACAAAAUGAAAUAUAGUAAACUUAUCAUGAACAAGUGAUAUGCUAUUACUUUAAGCUAAGAGUAUAAGGAAUAACAAUCUCUAAUGAUUUAUUACACAAUUACAGCUGUUCACAUACAGAUAACUUACUCUUCAUAUGAUAUUUAUUACAUAUGAACUCAUUCACUCUUCUUGAGAAACAGAAAUUCAAUCUGGUUUAUUCUUAAAAUAAAAAUGAAGACUUGCUGAUUAGCAGGAACAUUGGUUUUUGUUUGUUUUGUUUUGGGUUGGGUCCCCCCCCCAUAUUUCCCAUUAUUGUUAGUUUUGACCAGUGAAUAAAUUCAAUACAUUUGAAUAAAUUUAAGGAGUUUGAUAUAACAGGUAAAUUUACCAAAGAAGAUCUUACCAUUUAGAAAGAAUAUUAAAACAUGUCAUUCGAUGAUUAAAAAUUUUGAUGCAGGGAUCACUGCAUCACUGAAAAUUAAAUGUAAUUAGAAAUAAGAUUCCAGUCCACACCCAGUAGCAGGCAGUUUCAUCCUACACCAAAUAAAUGCAGUGGCUCCCGUUUACCCCUUCAUAAAGAAAUCCAAAACGUCAGAAACAAUCAGGCAGAAUGAUUGAUACAAUUGCAAAGAGAACUAAAAAUACAUAGGGCCAGUUCACAGAAUCAUGUCUUCUCCAGGGACAUAUCACUCUCCAGCUGAUACCAUUUCUCCCACUCCAUCAACCUGGCAUCUCCUGUCUGUACAAGAAGAAAUUAAUUUUUCUCCCUGCUGCCUUAUAUGGGAUUCUUGGAAACGGGAUUUGGACCCAAGUUAAUUGGUGUAAGAACAGAAAUCAGCAAUGCGUAUCCGGCAACCCCUCCAACCAAGAGCAUCUUUGGGGGGGGGGGGCUGGAGCCACCUGUCCAACACAUCCCAGCCCUGUCCCUUCCCAGUCACAUGUUGCACAAUCACACACACACACACCACAUCCCAUCAAGUGAGCAAGCAGCACUCCACGUAACUUUAAAGCUGAUUCAACUCAAUGAAAACAUCAUUCUUCAGCCAAAUCUUAAUUCCUUUGCUCUCGGCAGCUUGUUUGAUCAACGAACUGAUGUAAAUUAAUAUUACUCAAAAUAAAUUAUUCUUAUAAGCUUUGUUGCACUUUGUAUUAAAAUAUUUGUUUCUCCUUUC